AUGGUUCUGGACCUGGCUCUGGUUUUGGACAUGGUUCUGGACCUGGCUCUGGUUUUGGACAUGGUUCUGGACCUGGCUCUGGUUUUUCGGGUUCUAGCCGCAGGCGGAGUAGAGGGUCCCGAAUGCACAGAUGUGGAGCCUGUUCUGCGUUCGCCUGGAGGAACCACAGGGGCUGAUGGAGAGCCAGGCAGGACUGUGUUGGCAGCAGGCUAA